CCCUUGAUACAAUCAGAACGAUAUCGGCAUGUGCAUGAAGAAGCCAUCGCUGCCAAUUGCCGGCUGUAGACCUGGACCGUAGAUUCCAGUUGGGGAAUACUUGUUUGUUGAUCCUUCACUUUCAGCACAGCAUGAUGUUCCACCAAGAUCUAUAAAGGAUCCUUGAAAUCCCCCCCCGGAUAUGUCUUUUGCUAUCAGGCUCCAGUGCUCUCUCAAUCGAAUCCGGUACUCAUUCGCUUCUUCCAUUGCCCAUCACUUUCGCUUCUACUUUACUUCUUCGCUUUAACCAGCAAUCUUUCAGCAUGAAGCUUCAGAACGUCGCUCCUCUGUGCCUUGUGGGCUACGCCCUGGCCUUGCCCGCGAACGUCGAUAAGAAGAGACAGGAUCUCUCCAACCUUCCUCCUAUUCCAACUGGGCUUGUGCCAUCUGGGCUUAUUCCCUCGGGGCUUCCAAUCCCUUCACAGGGUCCAGGAUCCGAGCUGCCUACACUCACUGUUCCCUCGGGCUCGCCCGUCGAGAAGCGCCAGGACUUGACCGACCUUCUCCCCUCGAGCAUUCCUCUUCCCUCUGGUUUGACGGAGAUUCUGUCCCAGCUGGGCAUCACCCUUCCUUCGGAUAUUCCUCUCAAGAAGCGCCAGGACCUGUCGCAGAUUUUCCCCUCCGGGGUUCCGAUCCCAUCCGCAGUGUCCGGUAUCCUGUCCGACCUGGGUAUUACCCUCCCUUCCGAUAUUCCUCUCAAGAAGCGUCAGGAACUCGAGUCCCUUCUUCCUUCUGGCACCCUCCCCUCUAGUCUUCCCAUCCCUAGCGGGGUGAACGAUAUCUUGUCCAACCUCGGAAUCACUCUACCCUCGGACUUGCCCAUCAAGAAGCGUCAGGACCUGUCUAGCAUCCUCCCAUCGGGCCUUGCGAUCCCAUCUGGAGUGACCGACAUCUUGUCUGACCUGGGUAUCACUCUUCCUUCGAACUUGCCUCUGAAGAAGCGCCAGGACUUGGACUCGCUGAUUCCCUCCGGCAUCCUGCCCUCCGGCCUCCCGAUCCCCACUGCAGUCACCGGUAUCCUGUCCGACCUGGGUAUCUCUAAGCGUGACGACAAGGAGCCCGAGGCCGUGCCCACCGGUGGAUCCGCUUCUACCAAUGCCACCCAGCCCAUCAGCAGCAGCAGCCUUCCCAAGCCCACCGGUAUUUCUGUGCAGCCUUCCAGCGGCGGGGUUGUCGAGCCCCUUGUUGACACCUCCAAGUCAGCUCAGAACUCGACUGAGUCCGCCAGCGGUGGCAGCUCUGCUCAGCCUUCUAGCGCCGGCCCUCAGGCUACUGGCACUCCUCUUGCUCCCUUUCCCGGCUCCCCUGAAAUCCCCGCUGCCUCCCCCAGCUCCUCCGCUUCGGUCCGCAGCGCUUUCCCCUUCCGAGCUUGAAUAAAUACACCUACGGAGUAGGCUUCACGGUCCCGCAACGGUAUCACAACCUACGAUGGCUGCAGUCCAAGGGUGAUA